GCGCAUAUAAAACCCAGCGAGGCGCCCCUCCCGGACAAAGUGAGGUCCAGUCUGACCGGAGGAGCGCUCUGUAUGGAUUGUAGCGCACUUCAGCAUCAUCAUCCUUUAACUGAGUGUUAGGAUACGGGACAUCUGUGGCCGCUCCUCGCUUCUCAGAGAGCCACCAUCCCCACAUUGUUCACUAUAGAUUCAAAGGAGACCUGCCAUGGCGAACCGAGGGCCCAGUUACGGACUGAGCCGGGAGGUGCAGGAAAAGAUUGAACAGAAGUAUGAUCCGGACCUGGAGCAGCGCCUGGUAGACUGGAUAGUUGCACAGUGUGGAGGAAACCUGGAGAAACCGCAGCCGGGCAAGCAGAACUUCCAGAAAUGGCUGAUGGACGGAACGAUUCUCUGUCGACUCAUCAACAGUCUUUAUCCACGGGGCAAAGAACCCAUUAAAAAAAUCCCUGAGACCCAGAUGGCCUUUAAACAAAUGGAGAAGAUCUCCCAGUUCCUGCAAGCGGCAGAAGCUUAUGGAGUCACCACCACAGAUAUUUUUCAAACUGUGGACCUCUGGGAAGGCAAAGAUAUGGCAGCGGUGCAAAGGACCCUGAUGGCCCUGGGGAGUUUGGCCGUCACAAAGGACGAUGGCCAAUACAAAGGUGACCGAGACUGGUUCCACAGGAAAGCCCAGGGGUACCGGCGAGAGUUCUCCCAAGAGCAGCUGCGCCAAGGACAGAGUUUGAUCGGCCUGCAAAUGGGCAGCAACCGCGGUGCUUCCCAGGCUGGCAUGACGGGCUACGGUAUGCAUCGUCAGAUUAUGUAGACCCCCCCUACACCACUUGAUCUCAGACUUUCUUUUCUACUAAUUCCACAAAUGCUGUAGCCCUAAGCUUUGCCACAUUUCCCGUUUUAACCUCAACUUCCCUAGAAAUGCUGCUUCUGCUCGAGAGUUUUCCUUCACUCCGUAAUAAAAUGAUGUCAUCUGUACUAGAGCUUUAUGUCUUAAUGCUUCCUCUAUACUGCUCCUGUUUUAUUCCCUUUUUUCCCUCCAUAUUAUACUUUUGGCUACCGGUAAUCAAUGUGUAUUUUUUUUAUUCAUGGAGUCUUAAAAGAAUUUUAAAUACAAUAAAAGCCAUCUGUACUGUACAGUUGUUUACAGAGAUACAUAAACUGACUGUUAAGGCAUGCUGUAUGUAUUGGUAUUUAUAUAUUUCCUAAAUUCUGGCGAUUGUAGAAUAUUCUGUUCCUGUGUUGUUAUUUUGCCUUAGUCCUAGCAAGGCUCAAUAUGUGAUGAUGUCUCUGCUAUCUUGUCUGAACCAAAUCAGCCUCACGUUGUGCCUGGUUAUGGGGCUUCAAAGGCUGAGUCCUUGAUCUGCUUGUAUUAAAUUAAAGAUGGGCGCCAUUUGUUCUGAGCCAUGCCCUCAUUUAUUAUCUGUUACAUAUUUGUUUAACCUGUGUCUAAAAUGUGCACGGUGUAACAUGUGAAUGUGCAGUAGCCAACACGUAUGACAAUAAAGGGUUGAUGGUCCCGGGUAAACCUGUCGCUUGAAUGUGUGCUGUUUAUGUGUGAAACGUUUGUAUUUUAGACAUAUAUUUAUAUUUAGAGGUGUGUCAGAAGUAUUACUGGAAUGAUAAAAUAUAAGAUAUAUUUUUUCUCAUUUUUGAGAUGGAGUGAAAUCUGUGUGCUCAAAGUUAGCAUUGAGUGAUGUUUGUCUCUUAUCUUGGCUUUAUGUUCCAGCUCCUCCCUUGCUGCCACCCUUAUUGUCUCUCCUCUCUAUGCACAAUCUAAUAAAGCCUCUACAGUA